ACACAAAAAAAUAAUCAGACACUGGACAGAAACCGACUAAUAUGCCGUCCUCACUGUAUAACUGUUGUUUGUGCGAACAUGGAAGUGGGUAGCAGUGAACGCUCUCCGACUGGUUGUUUCAUCUCUCUCUGUCUCUCUCAUACUCUCUCUCUCUCUCUCUCUCUCUCUCUCUCUCUCUCUCCCUCUUCUAAACUCAGCUGGGCAUCAUUGCGCGUCAAAACAUUGCGUCUCUGCAGGACUUGUCAGGGCCGUCAGGGAAAAUUGCCUGGAAAGGAAUGCGAAAGAGGGUUUAGGAUUGGCACUGCCACGAGGAAAACGAGGAGGUGCGACAUUUUCAAGGCUACGUGGAGAUCAGUUUUUCUUCCCUUCAAAGGUGUUCGCCUCCCAACCCACCGCCCACCACGGCCCUCACCUGUGUGUUGCGGUGCUUCCCCUGUGAGCCGACCUGGGCUGGCAGUCCCUUCUUGCACCGCCCGCCAACCCCGCCCAUGGUCAGAAUGACGCGCUCCAAGACCUUUCAGGCAUACCUGCCCAGCUGCCAUCGAACCUACAGCUGCAUCCACUGCCGAGCUCAUCUGGCCAACCAUGACGAGCUGAUCUCCAAGUCGUUCCAGGGCAGCCAAGGCAGAGCCUACCUGUUCAACUCUGUGGUGAACGUUGGGUGUGGCCCUGCAGAGGAGAGAGUUCUGCUCACAGGCCUUCAUGCUGUAGCAGAUAUCUACUGUGAGAACUGCAAGACGACCCUCGGCUGGAAAUACGAGCAUGCCUUUGAGAGCAGUCAGAAGUAUAAAGAGGGCAAGUUCAUCAUCGAGCUGGCCCACAUGAUCAAGGACAACGGCUGGGACUGAGGCAUGAGCAGUCGGGACACGACCACAGUAGAGGGGGGUGGGGUUUGGGGGGCUUGAUGACUGGGUGAAUGGACAAAUGGAUGGGAGGGAGGGAGCCAGGGAUUGUGUGCAGUGGGUGAGUGUGUGACUUUGGUUUGGCUGAUUUACCAUUAACCUCUGUAACUCUCUGCCCGUCCCUCUCUACCAUGCCUCUUGAUGUAUAUAAAAACACACACAUCAAGGUCCCAGACAUCCCAGCUUGACAGAGAGACAGCCUAGGCAGGCUAGUAUGCAGCUAGCAAGACUAGGUGACUGGCCAGCAAGACAAGAUGUCAUUUUCACAUUUAAACAUUAUUUGACAGCUCUUAAAAAGGUGGCAGCACUCCUUCCGUACCUGCUAGGAGACAUCUUCACUGUCAGAAGUAUUUCACCUUGUCUAACAAUAAUGUAAAACCAGUUGUUAACAGGUCAUUCAGUGGAAAUUUAGCCAGAAGGACGCCAGCUGGGCUUGCCUGGUGGGCUUCAUUGGCCUUGGGUGAAGAGCUGACAAGCAUUUACUCUUUCUGAAUGAGAUGACCUAAGAUGAUUAUGGCAAAUCCAGCUGAUCGAGGCCAUGUCAGCUGGGCCAGUGAUGAGGCCUGGCGCUCAGGCUUGGCACGGAGGCCCGAGCACAUGGGGGUAGGGUGGUGUGUAAUGUGAUGGGGGCAGAUGAAGGGAUUGCUGCCUACCAGGCUGCUCACUCGACGCGGAGGGAGAGGAAGCUUCUGAUCCAGUUAUGCAGUGGCAUUGACAGCUUCUGGCCGGGAUCCACUCCAUGUCUUGCCAGCAAUGCAGCUCAGAUUGGGCAGGGUGGGCCGAGAGUGAAAGAGAUACAGACAGACAGCCACAAGCUUGUCCUAAAACCCUAACAGGAAUUUGCCCUUGUAGCAGCAAAGCAGCUCCCCCUGGGUUUUAUUCAUCUUUCGAUACAACGAGUCUUGUAAAGUGAUCUGCUGAUCCGUCCUAUAUAUGUCUGAUGUAGGCGGAUCUGCUGCUGGGCCCCGCCUUUGUUACUUGACCGGAUAGAAUUACACAACACAAGCGUGUCUCAGGUGAACAACUUUGGCUGGGAUUCCCAAAGGUUUGCAAGUACUGUGAGCAUCUUUCUGCUGUUGUAGGUUGAUGAGCAAAGGUAGACCCUGCAGUCUUGGCCGGGGUGGAGGGUGGGGUCAGCUGGUAAUCAGUUCGACACGAACAUAACCCCUUGAAACAGUAAGAUUUGAAGAAACUCAGAAACAAAUGGCCAAUGCAUGACUGGUUUCAUGGGCCAAGGGAAAAUGCAAAUUAAAAAAAACAAACAAAAAACAGAAAAAGUAAGUAAUGAUUUUACUGAAGUUAUGAGAUAUAUACAUGACCACAGAGGUGCGUACUGUAAAUGCUUAUGUAUAAAUGGUAAUACUUAUCACUCUUUGGCUCUCUUUCAGUCUGGGAUGACUACUGGUUAACUGGUGUUACUCUGAUCUUCACUAACCGGCACUCACAAAACAUUACGUCAAACCUACAGGGCAAUGUCAUGAAGCAAUCCACUAGAUAGACCCACUUAUUUUUAUUUGUGUCUUAAAGUUACCGACACAUUAUCUUUUAGGUUUUGCUGUCAGUUUUAGAUAAUUUUUCUUUUUCAUAACUCCCGCCACCCCCUCACCCACUACCCACCCCAUGUUGCCUUCAAGCUAUGACACCUGGGUAAUAUUUGAGGUUACAUUAAUGGGAAGCAUUGCUCAGGUACCUUGGUGUGAGUUUUUUUUUUUUUCUUUGCUAAGGCCAGGAUCCUACUUAAUGUGCUGAACGGGUCAUUCUUGGAUGGAAAUGUAUUUUUUUUAAAAUGAGAGAAUCCAUUCUAGCUGCCUCCAUCCCAUGGAAAUGCAACAUUAACGCAUGCAUGAAGUAAAACAAGUGUUCAAUGCAGUUUUGUGCUGCAGAGUUGUGCUUGUGCAAUGAAACCUUGUGCUGUAAUACAACAUACUGUAUUUUUCAGUUUCAUCUCAGCACUAAACCAUUGCAGAUUAAUUGUGAUCCUGGUUUAGAAAAGUAGAAGUUGUUGCCCUGUUUGUCACACUUGGUUUCCUGUUGCUGCCAACAUUACUCAAGAAGUUGCCCUGUCCAAUGGCAAGUUCUGUCCAAUACUCUCCAGUUCCAACCAAACCUAAACAAAUAACUCUCAUUAGUGACACUCAGCAGCUUAUUGCUGAGUCGGAGGCUACGACAUUAAACCCAGCACAACCAAAGAACCCGCCCAUCAACAAUAAAUUGACCAAACAAAUGUUCUCAUUUUGCUUGGGCAAACAUGGGGGUGUGUAUAGCUGAAAGCCAAGGUCGUGGAUAGCCUUUCUCUGUGAUUAUAUAUAAUGCAUUAUGAUUUUGUAAACAAAAGAUCUUAAUAUAUGAAUAUAUUCUAUUUACUGUAUUCACCAUGAGGAUUAUCAUUCAUGUUCAACCUCUGUGUUACAGACUGUAAAUACUGUUAAUGUAUUGUGUUUUAUCUAUGAUCCAUACGAUGAUGAAAGAAUGUUAUAUAGGUCAUGUCAUGCUUUCUCUCUGGUACCCCACAUUGGCUGUACGAUACUACUUUUUUACUGAAAAUGUUUCAAUUUUAAUGUCUUUUGUAAAGGAGGAUGCUGAUGUUGACUAUAUAUCGUUGGAUCUUCAUCUAAUAAAAUGCACCUUGAUAUCUG